UGCUAUCAAAUUCAGUGUUACAGACAGUCUGUUUCAGCUACUUGCCGUACACUCUGUUCUCUCACGUGUGGUUGAAGAUUGUUGCUUCAUCUCUUAUACUUGCCUGGGACCAUGAGGACUGCUGUGUUGACCUUCACUGUGAUGCUCCUUGCUCUCAGCAUCCACGCUGAUGUCCAGCCCCAGAAAGACUUCGACCUGCGGAGGUUCGCAGGGAAAUGGUACCGCGUGGGCCUGGCUUACGACUCCCCAGGUUUUGUGCGCUACAGAAGCAAGAUGCGCAUCUCCAUGGGCAUCCUGACACCACAGUUAAAUGGCGAUGCAAACCUCACCAUGUGGGAAAUGAGCCCUCUGGGUUGUCACCCCCUCUCCUAUGUGUAUGAGAAGACCUCUGUGCCUGGCCAGUUCAAGUACUUCAGCACGCGGCACAAUAGGACAAAGGACAUCAUGGUGGUGGAGACCAACUACAAUGAAUAUGCCCUAGUUCUGAAACACAAGAAGAUGGACAAGGAAUUCACACAGGUGGCUCUAUAUGGUCGUUCACAGAAGCUGAGGACAGAGCUGCUGGAUAAGUUCAGAGAAUUUGCCCUGUCUCGUGGUUUUUCCAGGGAAUCCAUUCUGACACCGCCAGCUGCAGCAGAUGAUUGUCCUCCAGCCUAAUGCUAGGUGAGUCGAGAUGUGCACAUCAACAGAAUCAAGUUGCAGAGAGCCUUCUUUUCCAGAUCUCUGCUCUGCUGCAGAACCCAACAGGAUGUACACCUACUGUGCGACCCUCAGACGGACCAUCAUACUAUAAUGCUCCAUUCACUGGUCUCCUGGCUUAACAUUACUGAACUAAUGAUAUCAUAAAGACCUUUUAAAUCAGUAAAACCAUAGUGUAUAGUCAUGCAUUUACCACAUUUCAGCAGCCCUCUGUGAGUGAUAUAUCAGGUGAAGGUUGUUGACACACUGUGAAAAGGAAGGGCAUAAAGGCAUUGUAGAGUACCAGCAUCUAAGAGUCAACAUGAUGAAUAUGGGAUAAUGCUAUAGCACCAUUGUGACUGAUUAAAUGCUCAAUCCCAUUCCUUUAAUGAAAAAA